ACGGGGAGUGGAGGGACAGACAGGAGAGCAGCAACACGCUGGGGCGCGGUGGGCAUCGGGGACAGUCAGCGGGCCCCCAGUUGAUGUGUUGGGAGGUACUGCUGCCUCGGCCGCCAGGGAGCUCGCUGACCCCGGCACAGCCUGACGGGGGCUCGACAUGGGCUUCUGGAUCCAGCUCCGACUUCUCCUGUGGAAGAACUUCACCUUUCGUAAACGACAGACAGUGCAGCUGAUUAUCGAGCUCCUGUGGCCUCUCUUUCUCUUCUUCAUAUUAAUCUCCGUGCGCCAGUCACACCCGCCCUUCGAGCAGCACGAAUGUCAUUUUCCAAACAAGGCCUUGCCGUCAGCGGGAACUCUGCCGUGGAUCCAGGGAAUUAUCUGCAACGUGAACAACCCCUGCUUCCAGCACGCCACACCGGGAGAGACCCCAGGAAACGUGGGCAACUUCAACCAGUCCAUCAUUUCCCGGUUAUUUGCCGACGCCCAGAAGGUGUUGAGACACGCCAACCAGGACCGGACGCUGGCCAGCUUCCAGCAGCUGCUCACCGUACUGAAUCAGCUAGAGAGGAAACGCUCAGACCUGGCAGGAAUCCCAAUCCGAGACUACCUGAGGCCGGAUCAGACCCUCUCCCAAUUCCUCCGGAAGAACGCCUCACUUCCCCAAAAUGUGGUUCGUGACCUGAUGAUGGCACAUUUAGCCCCGGAGCAGGUGGUCCUGGCCAGCGCUGGAGGGAGCCUGAAGCCGCUGGUUUGCAACAAGUCCCGCCUGGCCAAGGUCUUGAGCUCAGCCAACAAAAAUAGCUUUGAGCGUAUGCAGCAGAGUCUGUGUGCCGUUCCCGAGGAGACGCUGGAACAAGCCAAGCGCCUCUUCCUCACCCAGGUGGACCUUGGCAAGCUUCUGAGGGACAGUCUGCCCUCCAGCCCGGAGAGCAUGCUGGAGGUGAUGGACGCUAUGGAGCACUUUAUCCAGGGAAUGUCGUCUCUCCUCCAGGAGUUUUCCCAGGUGACCAGUUUCCGGGAUUUCCGGGACGAGGUGCAGUGGCUGACUAACGCCCCCACGGGAGGGUCCCCGAAGCUCAUGUUUCAGGCCAUCUCCCGCAUCGUGUGUGGUCACCCUGAGGCAGGGGGGCUGCGCGUCCCCUCACUCAACUGGUAUGAGGACAACGACUACAAGCUCUUGUUUGGCAGAAACAGCACAGACCAGAAAGCCAUCAGCUUCGACAAUUCAACACCUCCUCACUGCAAAGAUCUGGUCAGGAAUCUAGAAUCCAACCCCAUCUCUCGCAUCAUGUGGCGGGGAAUCAAACCGCUCUUCAUUGGCAAAAUCCUCUACACCCCAAACACUCCCACCACGUGGAAAAUCAUGAAAGAGGUAAACCGCACGUUUGAGGAGCUGAGCUUGCUGCGGGAGGUGCGGGGGUCUUGGGCCGAAAUCGGCCCCCAGAUCUGGAAGUUCUUGGAAAGCAGCCGGGAGGUUCACCUGCUUCAGAAGAUGCUGAGGAACCCGUCUGUGUCGGAGCUGGUGGACCUGCAGCUGAACUCCAGCGGCUGGGAUGCUGCCAGCGUCGCCACCUUCCUGUCUAACGGCAGCGCGGAGCCCUCCAGCUCGGCCGGCUACACCUGGAAGCGAGCGUACGGGGAGGUGGAUCAGAUGAUCCACUCGCUGUCCAAGGUCAUCGAGUGUGUGUCUCUGAACAAACUGGAGGCGGUGGCCACAGAGGACGUGUUGGUGGUCCGAGCGUUAGAGCUGCUGGAGGAGCGUCAGUUCUGGGCUGGGGUGGUCUUCCAGAUGAACGAAAGUGAGACCCCCGACCUGCAGCCGCACAUCACGUACAAAAUCAGGAUGGACAUCGACGACGUCACUCGGACAAACAAGAUCAAGGACAGGUUCUGGGACCCGGGACCGUCAGCCGAUCCCUUUGACGACCUGCGUUACAUCUGGGGUGGCUUCGUAUAUAUCCAGGACCUGGUAGAGGGGGCACUGGUGAGGGUGCUGACCGGCAGCGACCAGAAGACGGGCAUUUACCUGCAGCAGAUGCCGUAUCCCUGCUACGUGGACGAUGUUUUUUUGCGUGUGUUGAACCGCUCGCUACCUCUCUUCAUGACCCUGGCCUGGAUUUAUUCGGUGGCCAUGAUCAUUAAGGGGAUGGUCCAUGAAAAGGAGGCGCGGCUGAAAGAGACCAUGAAGAUCAUGGGGCUGAGCAACGGCAUCCUGUGGGUCAGCUGGUUCAUCAGCAGCUUCAUCCCCUUCCUCAUCAGCUCUGCCUUCCUCAUCCUGAUCCUCAAGAAAGGCUCGAUCCUACCGUACAGCGACCCCUCCGUGGUCUUCCUCUUCCUCGCCACCUUCGCCAUCGCCACCAUCAUGCAGUGUUUCCUCAUCAGCACCUUCUUCUCGGGCGCCAACCUAGCCGCAGCCUGCGGGGGCAUCAUCUACUUCUCUCUGUACCUGCCCUACGUGCUGUGUGUGGCCUGGCGUGACCACGUCACAUACCCCCUCCGCAUCGCUGCGAGCCUGUUGUCCCCGGUUGCCUUCGGCUUUGGCUGUGAGUAUUUCUCUCUGUACGAGGAGCAAGGCAUCGGCAUCCAGUGGUUUAACCUGGGCUCCAGCCCAGUGGAGGGUGACGCCUACAACUUCAACACCUCCCUUUUCCUCAUGCUCUUUGAUGCUGGCCUGUACGGAGUUGCCACCUGGUACAUUGAGGCCGUCUUUCCAGGACAGUACGGCAUUCCCAAGCCCUGGUUCUUCCUGUUCCUGAGGAGCUAUUGGUGCGGGGAGCCCCUGCCACAGAACAAGCUGGACUUUGAUGCAUGCAGCAUGACCAAAGUUCAUCUGGAGGAGGAGCCCACUCACCUGCCGCUGGGUGUGUCCAUCCAGAACCUGGUCAAGGUUUACAGAAACGGGGAGAAGAUGGCGAUCAAUGGCCUCAGCCUCAACUUCUACCAGGGCCAGAUCACCUCCUUCCUCGGCCACAACGGAGCCGGCAAAACCACCACCAUGUCUAUCCUGACCGGCCUGUUCCCCCCCACCUCGGGGACAGCCUACAUUCUGGGCCGAGAUAUCUUCACUGAAAUGGAUCUGAUCAGGAAAUCGCUUGGCAUGUGCCCUCAGCAUAACGUGCUGUUUGACAGUCUAACGGUGGAGGAGCACAUCUGGUUUUACGGGCGUCUGAAGGGUCUGACGGAGGAGGAGGUGAACGAGGAGAUGCGGCAGAUUGUGAUAGACGUGGGGCUUCCCCACAAACGUACCGAACUGACCAAGAACCUGUCAGGUGGAAUGCAGCGGAAGCUGUCGGUGGCCAUCGCCUUCGUGGGGGGCUCGAAGGUGGUGAUCCUGGACGAGCCCACAGCGGGUGUGGAUCCCUUCUCUCGCAGAGGCAUCUGGGAAUUACUGCUCAAAUACAAACCAGGCCGCACCAUCAUCCUGUCCACUCACUACAUGGAUGAGGCUGACCUGCUGGGGGACAGGAUCGCCAUCAUCUCCCAUGGGAAGCUGUGCUGCUGUGGCUCCUCCCUCUUCCUCAAGAACCAGCUGGGGACGGGCUACUACCUGACAUUAGUGAAGAAAGAGGGCGACAAGACCCCCCCGGCCAGCUCCAGCAGCGUAACCAUCGGCAUCAGGAAGGACGACACGGAUUCUGAACGCAGCUAUGACACGGGGCUGGGCAGUGAGCAGUACAGCGAGGCCAGCGCCCUGGACGCGCUGGCGGUGUCGGCGCUGGUCCAGAGGUACGUGCCCGAGGCCCGGCUGGUGGAGGAGGUGGGGCAGGAGCUGACCUACGUGCUCCCGUAUGUGGGGGCCAAGGACGGGGCCUUCGUGGAACUGUUUCAGGAGCUGGACACCCGCCUGUGUGAGCUCGGCAUCUCCAGCUACGGCAUUUCCGACACCACACUGGAGGAGAUUUUCCUUAAAGUUGCGGAGGACACCGGGGUAGACACCAACAUAGCAGCUUUUGCGGACGGCGCCAUCCCAAGCAAGCGCGGGCGUGUCUCGAGGCCCAGCGAGCAGACCCUGCAGCCCGUCAGCGAGGAGGGGGACGGAGGGAACCCCGACGCAGACCCCGAGCACAGAGAGACAGACUUCCUGCAGAUCACGGACGGCAAAGGUUCUCACCAGCUGCAUGGCUGGCGGCUGACCUGCCAGCAAUUCCAGUCGCUCUUCACCAAGCGCUUCCUGUACGCGCGACGGAGCCGCAGGGGGCUGUUUGCACAGAUCGUGUUGCCGGCCCUGUUUGUCUUUGUGGCUCUGCUCUUCAGCCUCAUCGUGCCGCCCUUCGGCAAGUACCCAGCGCUGGAGCUGCAACCCUGGAUGUACGAGGAGCAAUUCACGUUCAUCAGUGAGGACGUCCCAGAGGAAGCCAGCACUAAGCGGCUGAUCAGUGCACUGCUCAACAAUCCCGGCUUUGGAACCAAGUGUAUGAAGGAUCGUCCAGAGGACACCCCGUGUGAGGGGAGUGGCAGUGACUGGGCCCCUCCCCCGCUGGCCCCGGCCCUGAUGGACAUGCUGCUAAACGGGAAUUGGACGGCGGAGUUCCCGUCCCCGGGGUGUGAGUGCAGCUCGAAGAACAACAAGCGGAUGUUGCCGGAGUGCAGUGCGGGAGCCGGGGGGAUGCCCCCUCCCCAGGUGCCGAGGAACACAGGGGACACGCUGCAAAACCUGACUGGCCGCAACAUCUCUGACUACCUGGUGAAGACCUACCCGCAGAUCAUCAGCAAAAGCCUGAAAUCGAAGAAGUGGGUAAAUGAGUUCAGGUACGGAGGUUUCUCACUGGGAGCGAGGAGCUCUCAGAUUCUGCCGUCAGUGACUGAAAUCAACCGUUCCAUCAGCGAGAUCCGCUCCUGGCUCAACGUCACCCAGGGAAGCUCCACGGACCGGCUCCUGGGCAGAGUCACUGAGUUCAUGAACGGGCUGAGCACCAGGAACAAUGUAAAGAUUUGGUUCAACAACAAGGGCUGGCACUCCAUGGUGUCCUUUGUCAAUGUGAUGAACAAUGCAGUGCUGAGGGCCAACCUCCCCCCGGGACAGGAUCCCGAGAUGUUUGGAAUAACAGCCUUCAACCACCCACUCAACCUAACCAAAGAGCAGCUGUCUGAGGUGGCCCUGAUGACUACGUCGGUCGAUGUCCUCGUCUCCAUCUGCGUGAUGUUCGCAAUGUCCUUCGUCCCCGCCAGCUUCGUCCUCUUCCUCAUCGAGGAGCGGGUCAGCCAAGCCAAGCACCUGCAGUUCGUUAGCGGGGUCAAGCCCUCUGUGUACUGGCUGGCAAACUUCGCCUGGGACAUGUGUAAUUACUCGAUUCCCGCCACUCUGGUUGUGUCCAUCUUUAUCUGCUUUCAACAGAAGUCCUACGUGUCGGCUUCCAACCUGCCAGCCCUGAUCCUGUUGCUGUUUCUGUACGGGUGGUCGAUCACUCCUCUCAUGUACCCGGCCUCGUUCCUCUUCAGUAUCCCCAGCACCGCCUAUGUGGUCCUGACCUGCGUCAACCUCUUCAUCGGCAUCAACGGCAGCAUCGCCACCUUCGUCCUCGAGCUCUUCACCGACAAGAAGUUAAAUGACGUAAAUCGGAUCCUGAAGAAAGUUUUCCUCAUUUUCCCGCACUUCUGUCUGGGCCGAGGGCUGAUCGACAUGGUGAAGAACCAGGCCAUGGCAGAUGCUCUGGAGAGAUUCGGAGAGAAGCAGUUUAUCUCACCGCUGUCCUGGGAACUUGCCGGCAAGAACAUGUUUGCGAUGGCCGUGCAGGGGCUCCUCUUCUUCUCCUUCACCCUCCUCCUGCAGUACAAGUUCUUUAUCACCGUCAGGCCGAUGUCUAUCAAGCUGCCCCCUCUGGGGCCCGAGGACGAGGAUGUAGCCAGAGAACGGCAGCGAGUUGCGGAGGGAGGGGCUGAGGCGGACAUCCUGGUCAUCAAGGAACUCACCAAGGUUUACAGAAUGAAAAAGCAGCCCUCGGUUAAUCGUAUCUCUGUGGGGAUUCCCUCGGGGGAGUGUUUCGGGCUCCUGGGAAUUAAUGGGGCCGGAAAAACAUCCACCUUCAAGAUGCUGACCGGAGACACUGAGGUCACCAGCGGGAAUGCCUUCCUGAACAACCACAGUAUCCUGUCUGACAUCCAGGCUGUGCACCAGAACACGGGUUACUGCCCGCAGUUUGACGCCAUCACUAAGCUGCUGACGGCUCGUGAGCACCUGAUGCUCUACGCCCAGCUCCGCGGGGUCCCGGAGCCCGAGGUCGCACGGGUGGCUGAGUGGGGGAUCAGGAAGUUGGGGUUGGUGAAUUACGCAGACAGACCGGCCGGGACCUACAGUGGAGGAAACCGUCGCAAACUCUCCACCGCCAUCGCCCUCAUCGGCUGCCCCGCCGUGGUCUUCCUGGAUGAACCCACCACGGGGAUGGACCCCAAGGCUCGGCGGUUCCUGUGGAACUGUAUCCUGAGUGUGAUCAAGGAGGGUCGCUGUGUGGUGCUCACCUCCCACAGUAUGGAGGAGUGUGAGGCUCUGUGCACCCGAAUGUCCAUCAUGGUGAACGGGCAGUUCCGGUGCCUCGGCAGUGUCCAGCACCUGAAGAGCAGGUUCGGAGAUGGCUACACCAUUGUCCUGCGGCUGUGUGGGCUGGCCUCAGACUUGCCGCCUGUGGAGGAGUUCAUGGGUGCCAGCUUCCCGGGCUGCGUGCUGAAGGAGCGACACCCCAACAUGCUGCAGUACCAGCUCCCAGCCACCCACUGCUCCCUCGCCAAGAUCUUCAGUGCCCUGACCUCCAACAGGCAGAGGCUGAGGAUCGAGGACUACUCCGUCUCACAGACAACGUUAGACCAAGUGUUUGUUAACUUUGCCAAGGACCAAAGCGAUGAGGACCAGCACACGAAGGCCGUGCCCCCCGACCAGCCCAGCGAGGCUUUGCAGAGACACAUCACAAGCUUCUUAACAGACGAUACUGUGAAGGAAAGUAUUGUAUGAUGGGACCCAGCGCCGCCCAGUGUCUGCGCGGAGCAGCGAGCGGAGGACAGAGUCUCUCCCGCAUUCAGCAACUCACUAAACUAUCACACAACGAACUCUGGUUUGAAGUACAAAAGAAAGUAUUUUUUCCCCCUUUCACACUCCCGACAGAGAUCUUUCCUUAACGUCAAAUGAAAAUAAUUGCAAAAGAA